CGCGUGGGCCGACCAAAAUUUCUGCAUGGAGUGGGCGAAGAGGUCCUACUGGGAAGGCCUGAUGCGCGGGCGGGGUGAGCUCCCCAAGGCGAGGUCCAUUCUUAUCAUGGACAACUUGCACGCGCAGACAACGGACGACUUCAAGGAGGAUCUUGCGAAGCACUGCAACACUCUCGCCUGGUAUGGCCCUUCGGAGUGCACGGACGAGGUGCAGCCAGUUGAUGCAGGAGCCGGACCAUUUCUCAUGGUGGAAGUCGGGAGGCAGAUGGACAUAUGGCUCGAGCAGUCGGACAACCUGAAGAGGUGGGAAACCGCGUCGCUGACAGCUUCUGAUCGGCCCGUCCUGAUCACUCGGUGGAUGGGAGCGGCCAUGGCAAGACUCAACAGCCAACAGGCGUACCGAUGCCGUCUUUUCGGAAAGUGCGGGAUGGCCAUGACCGUGGACGGCUCGGGCGAUGAUCGAAUCACCUUGGAGGAUUUGGACAAGCCGUAUACCUUCGCCAACAAUGAAGACAGUAGCGACGACGAACAAGGUUCGGAGAACGGCAACGAUGAGCCUGAGGGGCGGGCGGAGGAGGGCGAUGGAGGACCUGAGACGCUCAUGGAGGGCGUUGACUCCAGCGAAGAAGACGACGGCGGUUGA